AUGGAUAGUAGUGAGGAUUUCAUAACGUACGACGAAGAUUUGUCUAUGGGCUUCGACGUUUCAGAGAGUGAAGAACCAGAACCAAUCAUUAUAGAUCCAGCCCUGACGUCAAACAGCUACAAUAUAAAGAAAGCCGAAGAUGCUAUGCAAACACUGAAAAAAUUCGCCAAAGACGAUGGAUGGCAGCAAGUUAUUAAGCACAAGAGCGGAGUCGUCGUCUGUUUGAAAGCGGGAGUUAACAAAGAGAAGAUUCCUGUAUUUAAAGGUGAAGGUAUCAUUAAAGGCCAUUCUCCCCAGGCAGUUUUUGCCGUUAUUGGUAUGAGAAAGCUCUGGGACGACUGGUAUGAGGAAGGCAAUCUUGUCGAAAAUCUAAAUGAUACUACGAGUCUGACUUACAUGGUUAUGAAGGGAUUGACUGGCUCAAAACCUAGAGAUUUAUCCCUGGUGGAAAAAAUCGAAUGCCUGCCCACAGGAACAAUAUGCUUUGUAUCAACAUCGGUGGAAACACCGAAAGUACCACGCAUUUCCAGCAAAGUCCGUGCUGUAUUAAAGCUAAACGGUUGGAUACUCGAGCCUCUCGCUACCGAUCCUCCCUCCACUAAAGUUAUUUACGUCUUACAAACAGAUGUUAGAGGCUGGGUUCCCGGAAUAGUGGCCAAAAAGUAUUUGGCAAGGCGUCCACUUGUUGUAAAUGCAAUUAACACUUAUCUCCAAAAGAACGAUCCGCCAGCAGUAAUCAUUAGCACCACUCCGCCACCAUCUCAUCCGCCAUCUCGUAAGCCAUCCAAAGUACAACUCAGAGCAGCCCGAUCUCUUAAAGGUGAAAACCCGCGUUCCAAUCGUAGGAGGAGCAUAUCCUUGACCAAUCAACCGCCCGAGAUAUCUCGUGAAGUCAAGAACCUGGUCGAUAUCAGCACACCAAGCCCAACGAUUCCGGAAACAGAUACGGAUUCCGUGGACGCCCUACAUAUAGACAAAAUGCAGGCAGCUCUUGCCGCAUUUAAGAAACAAGUUGAAGAUAAAAGCGGCUGGCAAUUCCACACUGAAAGUAAGGGAGUCAAGACGUACAUGAAAGACAUACCCGGCAAGUCAAUGCCAAUGAUGCGUGGAGAGCAAACCUUCAAGGGUCAAUGGACGGCGGACGAUAUUUUAGCGGUUAUAAAUUCGCUUGAUUUCCGACCGCUUUGGGAUGAUCGUUUCGAGGAUGGUGAAAUUAUCGAGCGUCUUGGAUCAAACGACUUUCUCCUCCGAACAUCAAUGAAAGGAAGUUUCCUGGUCAGUGGACGAGACAUGGCUGUCUGCGCCACGGUUGACCGUGAUCCCGUUACUGGAGCUAUUUGGACUAUAGGCACCUCAGUGGUCGACUCGACGAUCCCUGAAACACGUAAAUAUGUCAGAGCUGAUUUGGACAUGGCGGGAUGGUACCUCAAACCUCAGUUUGAUUCGAGUGGAUUUGUAACGGCGGUCGACAUAGUCUAUGUUGUCGGAAUUGAUAUUAAACUGGAUAUCGUUCCUUCAGCAAUACUUAAACAAUUAUCGAGUCAAACACCCAUGUGUGUCGGCAAAGUCUGCGAUGUCAUACAAAAAUAUGGUUAUCCGCCGUACAUUAGAAGUACAACGGGGGCGGUGACAUAUGUCAAGUUUGACAUCAAAUUGUCAAAGUACGACUUGAAAUUGACGGAUAUGAGCGGUGGAGCGGUUGAGUUACGCUUGUGUAGGAAAAUAUAUGCAAGUGGUUUUGAUAUUUCGAUCAAACCCGAAGUGGCGACGGUCGAGGUAUUGGCUAACAAUACAGACGUCGUGAGCAUAACGAUACCCGCCAAACCAGAUUGUAAAGAUGUUAGCAUCAAGGUCACAAAGAACAUAGAAAGCGGCUUUCAGAUGACAUAUAACGGGAAAUAUACGAUUCCCGUGGCGGGUCCUAAAAGCUUCUCUGAAACCAGUUCCACUAGAUCUACUACUCUUAACGAACAAGUGACUAGUGAUAAGGCGACUAGUGAUACAGUGACUAGUGAUAAGGUGACUAGUGAUGAGGUGACUAGUGAUACAGUGACUAGUGAUGAGGUGACUAGUGAUAAUACAUCAUCCUGGUCUAAAAGCGCACAAAGUCGUCCGAUUAUUACUGUGAAUCCAGCUUUUAUACGUUCCACCCAAGAGACUCCUCGAGAACUGCUCCGUAAACCGUCAACAGAUGCAGAACGAAUGGCCAUCUUCCGGGACCGUCUUCGUAAAAAGUCUACAUUCGAGACUGCGAAACCCGAGAAAGUGGAAACAUUGAAGACAACCUAUGAGAGCGAUGACACUAUCGCAGCGACGCCUGUUGAUAAUGAAAAAAUAAUAAGUGACGUUGUAAUCCCGUUGGAUAGAACCCAGUUCAACACACAUCAGGUUGCACUAAUGCUCGCAGCAAUGCUGUUGGCGUUCUAUACUGGGAAGUUUAGUGGAUGUAUAGCAAAUAAUACCAUGUAG